AUGGACCAGAGGAACCGGCUCGGCGCUCCCGGAUACCUGCCGCCGCUGCUGCUGCGCGCCCUGCUGCUCUUCGUGGCCGAGGCGACAUUCACCGAAGUCCCCAGAGAUGUGACCGUGCGUGAGGGAGACGACAUCGAAAUGCCCUGCGCCUUCCGGGCCAGCGGAGCCACGUCGUACUCACUGGAGAUUCAGUGGUGGUACCUCAAGGAGCCGCCCCGAGAGCUGCUGCACGAGCUAGCGCUCAGCGUGCCCGGCGCCCGGAGCAAGGUAACAAAUAAGGAUGCGACUAAAAUCAGCACCGUGCGCGUGCAGGGCAACGACAUCUCGCACCGGCUGCGGCUGUCGGCCGUGCGGCGGCAGGACGAGGGCGUGUACGAGUGCCGCGUGUCGGACUACAGCGACGACGACACGCAGGAGCACACGGCCCAGGCGCUGCUGCGCGUGCUCACGCGCUUCUCGCCGCCCGACGUGCAGGCCGCGGAGGCCGUGUCCCACAUUCAGAGCGGCGGCCCGCGCCGCCACGGCCCCGCCAGCGCCGCCCGGGCCGACGGCGCCCAGGAGCCCGGCCGCGGCGACAAGAGCCCACCUCUCGGGGGCCCUCCCGCCGCCGCCGCCGCCGCCGCCGCGCCGGGCGUCCCCGAGUCCGCCGCCGCCUCCGCGGCGCACCGAGCCGCGACCACCGUGGCGGCCGCCGCCUCGUCCGCGCCGCCGCCGCCCCGCGAGGCGGCCCUUCUGCGCCAGAGGCACUCAGGCACCGGCCCGAACUAUGCCACAGACCCGCUCCUGUCUCUGUUCCUGUUGGCCCUACAUGAGUUCCUGCACCUGCUGGAGAGGGACGAAGGUGGCAAGUACAAGGGAACUGCCACCAGGUCCCCGGGCCCUGCGCAGCGAGACACUGAAGGGGCUGCACAAGUGGCGAGAGGCAGGCUCUGCCCGCGCAAGCAGCCCCACUGCACAGUGGGGACCAGCAAAGUGGGCGCCAUAUGCGAGCGACCGCGACACACCUCACAGCAGAGAGCCACGGCUGAACAGAAGUGA